AUGAACAAUCCUCAAAUCGCACCGCUUCUGCCGCCCGAACUGAUAAACGCCAUAAUCAGCGAGGUCGAUUCUAAGCAGGUCUUGUUGAACCUGCGUCUUACCUCUAAAACCUUCAGUGAGAUCGCCACCCCGCAUGCAUUUCGCACCUUCGAUGUCCCGAUGAAAUCCAAUGCAAAAAGGCUCGCCAUGGAGUUCUGGGAGGCUCUUGAUCUUGUUAGGCACGUCCAGGAAGUGAGGUUGAACGCUCCGGACGGGACGGAGGGAUUCUGGGACGUGGUGAAAGACGACGAAGGAAAUGAUGUUCUCCAGCUUCCUCUGACGAGCGAGUGGGAGUGGACAUAUAGGAUUGAAGACAUCAAGUUCAUAUUCUCGAAUCUCGUGAAGUUCCCCAGACUGCAUACCCUGCGUCUAUAUUGCAUAGAGAAAUAUCGACCUCAACCUCGAUGGGAGGACCCUGACUACGAGCCAACUCCGAGUUAUAUGCUAGAGCUUGAGAUUUGCAGAGCGAUCGCCUCCAGCAAGCUCGUAGAGAUGGUGCAAACAUUCGAAAUACAACACCUCCUCCCAUACAGAUUGGUCCUCCACCACUUCAAUUCCCCUUCCUCCCGGCUUACCUCGCUGACGAUCACCGACUGCCUUCGGAACCCAUGCAUUAGCCUCUGGUUCUGGAGGGUUAUCACCUUUCCUCGCCUCCAACAUCUACACCUGGAGAAAGUCGGUAUCAAGAUACGACAAGAGCCAUUCGUGCCGCCCCACACCGAUCUGGAGACAUUUCUGCUUCGGCACGGGUCCAUCAAGACACUGAAACUCCAUAAAUGCUUAAUCGCGGGUCGAGAACUCGACGAUCCUAACGAGUUGGACUUUCCGAGAACGUGGGCCCCCGUCUGGGAGAGUGUCGCAGAAAUCCUCCCUCAUCUAAUCCGAUUCGACUUUGAGCCGGCGCCGAGGAGACACGCCGACGAAAAUUCGACUUUUGUGGACUAUAUCAAAUUGGUUUAUGGCCUUUAUUAUUCGAGUUUGGGAUAUCAUUCGAUGCCUUCAUACGAUUGGGAAGCGAAUGCAGAUGAUCUCCCUUCUGAACGCGAUGAAGCAGUAGCUUGGGAAGAGCUACAGCUUACCCUCGAGAAAAGACGUUAG